ACCUCCGACCCUCACACACCUCCUGAUCAAUGCCACAUGUCCAAGAACAGGCCAACAAUGGAGAUUGUCGGGCAUCUGAGCGUCAUCUUUCCAGCACACUGCUUAUGGUGACAGCCGCAUCGCGUGGACUUCUGCGAGUGCAACUGAAUGGAGAUCAGGAUGGACACUAUUACCAUUGCACGAUUGCACUGGUCUCCAUUGUCCAAGCUAGGGUAUACGUUUUCAUCUGUUGUGCAGGAGCCACAGAAAUUAAAUUUAUUAACUACGUUCAACACCCUUCUGACAGCACUUGAGAACUCCUUGAAACGCUUGACGCAAGAUAAUAUUCAAGUCGGCUAAAUCAUGGCUAACCGUGAUGUGAUCGUCGCGUGCCUCUGCACCCUCCUAGCCCUGAACGACUGUCUACUGUCUCUCUCUGCUCACGCGUCGCUCAUCGACGAACCGGCACAGAUAUCGUGCACACCGGCGGUGACCAGGCUGGAGGUGGGCGGCUCAGCAACGGCGACGUGCAACGUAGCCGUGGCUCCGUUGACCACCAUCAGCACCACGCACUUGCCGUAGCAGCUGCACCACAUGUGGCUACGGCGAGAGCGCACCGCCUUCGGCUACCGCUUCCUGAUAAACUUUGAGCGUGUCAACCUGGACCACAACCGAGAGUAAAGCGGUUGUGCUAUCGCAUUGAAGUGGCCGCCAAUCAGCCGGUGCACUCGGACCCGCCACCACAGCCGGAGAUCACUAGCGUGGAGAGCACGGACAAUGCCGUCACGUACAGCUGAACAUUGCUGAGCGACGGCGAGGGCAAUGGCGGCGCGCGGACACCUUUCAUCACCGAGGAGUCGGUUGUGAGUCAUGACUUCGUGUCUGGAUGUCAAAUGUCCACCGGUGAUUGACGUCGCACUGAAGGCAUAUGCGUUCAAUGCCCACCGAGCACCACCGACGGCGUACAGCAUGCGUGCAAAGUGCAACACGACCAUUCCAGUAGCCGACGUGCACAUCCAGGCACCCGACUUCAUCAAGGCGCGUGGAACGAACAGCUCACCGAAGGCCCACAAUCACAUUCGCCUGUCAAACCGUCGCAACCACCAAGUCAUGCCUCUCAAGAAUGACCAGCAUUGUAUACGUGUCAGUGCUGCACAAAAGCAACCGGUGCAGUCGUGCUUCAAACUCAAUGUUACCCGACCUCUAACAGCAGCAAUCCAGGAUGUGCUGUGCCGCUCCCGGAACUGUUCGGCAAUUGUAGUGUCCACGACGAGCGGUGCGAAUUCAGGGACGCGCAGGAUCCUAGGCUGCUUCGUCACCGGCUAUCCACUGCCGCGCAACGACCAGGUGCAGUGGACGUACGACGGCGAGCAGCUGUCCCCUCGCGCGCACGCGUCCUGGGUGCGUCGAGUGCUAGGCUGCCGUGCUAUCAAGCACCAUGGCGAGGACCUGCGGCUCUGCAAGGUGAAAGUGAGCGCCGCCAGCUUCCUGGGUGUCAACCCGCUCCUGCUUCGGUGCAGUGCACACAACGACCACGGCAACACCGCACAGGCCAUUGGCACGUCUAGCCUGCUAAACAGAACAGAACUUAAUCACAACGUCUAAAGUAAAGGAAUACUUCAGGCAACAUUAUAUACAAGAAAUCACCCAAUCAGUACUAUUUAAUCUGAACUAGAAUUUUCCUAUUCCAUCAUGACAUCAUCCACAGAUCUCUAUCGUUAAUCCUUCAUAAAAUAUUCCCGGUACCUCACUAUCAGGCACUCACGUCACUGAUUGGCGUGACCGCAUACUUAUCUCAUGUGUUAUGAUUUCAAGAAGUAUCCACAUAAUCAUGGUUUCAGCUGUUUUCCUCUAGUUCUAUGAACAGCAUAAGCCUUUUAAAAUAAGUACUGGCCCGCAAGCUCCGGCCCACAACUCAUUUGUAAAAUUUGUGACAAAGCAUUCCUUGAAAAACGAUGAGAAAA